UUUCUUUAGAAUACGAAAACUUCCUAAAAAUGUCCCAAAAUCAAAAUAUGAUUGGCAAUCAGUUAUCGAACUUUUUAUCAGUAUAUUCUUCUGUGUGUUAGUUCUUUACUUGUGAUAAAAUUUGGCCUGAGCCUGAAAUGAUACAUAAGGCGAUACAGUUAUGUCUUAGUUUUAUGAUGUUACUGAGUGUGAAACACAUGUAUUUUGAUUACUUUUCACUUUUAUUUAUACUUUACUUCAGACAUUCAUAUAAUCUUGAUUCUCUUUUAACAUCUAGCUAGUGUAUAUAUUUGGACUCAGAUUUAUUUUAGGAAGCAUGCAUAACAGCUAACUGCAGGUACUUAUAAGCUAGAUAAUUUACACCGUGCUGGCUGCAUUCCAGAUGGGAGAGGAAAACUCCAGAGCAGGUGGUGACAGGCCUCCCUGGCAGCAACGCAGCAAAAUUUACAAAAGUUUAGCAGAUCAAGACUCGAAGACUGUUGAUUUUCUUUGUAAAUGCUGGAACUCUAAACCUGCAGAACCACUAGAUGGUCGAGGCGACACACUUCUUCAUUUGCUGGUAAUCUGCCAAAAUGUGAAGGCUUUAGAGGAACUGAUGAAGGUGAGGGAUAGUGAUGGUACCGAAGAGCAUCUCACCCAAGAGCAUCUUAAGAAACAAAACCUUAGAGGUGAAACAGCGCUGCAUGAAGCCGCGAGGCAUGAUGAUGUAUGUAUUGUUGAUUUGCUGUUAAGGAAAGAAGCGGAGUUGAUUUCAAAGAUCGGCUGUUCAGUUCCUAUGUGCAAUUGUAAAAAAUGUGUUGAAGCCAUGUCGGCAAAGAAAAAUAAUUUGAUUUCUGUCCCGAAUGAAUUAGGAGAGACAGCGCUUUACCUAGCGGCUUCUUCUGGAAAAUGGAAAAUUUUCGAGAAGAUUCUGAAAUAUAGCAAUGAUUGUAUGACACGGAGAAAAGAUGGCUGCACUGUUCUUCAUGCUGCUAUCAUGGGAGAACACUAUAGCACGGCUGCAAAAAUAUUGAAAUUGAAGCCUGAGCUUGCUUACAUAUGUAACAAAGUCGGGGAUACCGCUUUGAAUCUUCUGGCUUCGUCACCAUCUUCAUUUCGGAGCAACUCUAAUUAUACAACCGCAACUAUGGGCAAGACAUCGUUCAUCCCCUUACAGAGUUUAAGAGUUCUAUUCUACAACUGUAUACCACACAUCUAUACCAUUGACUCGGUGAAAAAAGGUGACGAGGAGGAUCCGGAUAGUAGGUGGGAAACCUACAUCAAAAAAGAAGAAAGAUAUCAAGUUGUCGACCUAUUUUUGGGAUUGCCUUGGAUUCAACCAAUUGAUGAUACGAAGCAGCAGAAUUUGGUUGCAGUAGCACUUGUAAGGCAACUGCUGGAGAAAGAGGAAGAUUGGAGUCGCUACACAUAUUCUGCACAUAAAUACCAUGAUCAAUCUGAAACGUCAGAUAAAGCAAAAUUGAACCCUCUUAUACAAGCCAUUGAAAUGGGCAUACCUGAAUUAGUCGAGGAAAUCCUCCGUUAUUUUCCUGAUGCUGCCAACUCAAUUGAUAUAGAUGGAAGGAAUGUUUUCCAUUAUGCAGCUGAGCAUAGAAGUGGUGACAUAUAUGAGAUGCUGAAAAAAUAUGCGAUUAACAAGGACAGAAUGUUGUUAGACGUUGAUAAUAAAGGAAACACAAUAUUGCAUCAUGCAACAAAAACCAAGCCUGCCACUAAUUUUUCUCUCGGAGUAGCUAACUUGAUGGCUUGGGAUAUCUUUUGGUUUCAGCGUAUAAGACAUGACUGUUCUCCACAUCUAUUGCAUAUUCGGAACAAUGAUGGGAACACUGCAGAAGACUUGUUGCUGAAAGACUACAAAAAUAAACGUCAAGCAGCUGAGAAAGCAGUGAAAGAAAUGAAUCAAGGCUUAAUGGUUGUGGCAGCAUUGAUUGCCACUGUGAGUUUCGCAGCUGUUUUCACUCUUCCUGGAGGAUUUGAUCAAAAUAAAGGCAACCCCCUGUUUUUUAACAGAGAAGGUCAUCAUCAUGAUUUAAAUCUGUUUCUAAGUUAUGUUGGCCUUACUUUUUUUGCUUCUUUGAUUGCCCUGGGAACUCUUCUGUCAACUCAGUUGUCGCGAUUUCAUUUGGAAGAUAUGUACUUUGCACUGCCACUGAAGUACUCGAUUGCUAUUUCAUGUCUCUUCCUCUCCUCGUGCUCUAUAUUCACCACAUUUCUCCAGGCCUUAGUACUUGAGCAGUACAUGCCUCCUUAUUACUUCACAUCCCUUAUCAUUGGAUGUACCAUCAUGGGCCUAGUUUAUGUGGAUUCCAUAUACGAUGUCUUAACUUACAUAGUGGAGGUUCUACGGCAUUCAAGGACAUACAGGAGCAAUGAACAGUUAUAGUUUACGUGUCUCGUAUAUGCUUUUUUUUCCUGAAAGCGCUUCUCUACUUCCAGAUCUAAGCACUUGUGGCUUUCUCAUUUCCUAUUGUUUUUAACUUGAUUGAAUAUGUAUUUAUGAUUUUAUAUAUGCACAAAAUUUUCAUUA